AUGCGGACUUUUCAAUGGCUGGCUCUUGGCUCGGUGGUGGGUUCGGCCGUUGCGCUUACUCCGGAAAAGUUGAUUACAGCUCCCCGACGUGAUAAUGCCGUUCCGAAUCGUUCGGGCAAAGUCGCGCUGUUCUCAACUGCACAAUACUCUUUCAAUACUCACUCCUCCUCGGCGUGGUGGAGCUUAAUUGAUCUGAAGAGUGGCAAGGUUUCCCAGCUCACGAAUGACAGCAAUGUCUCUGAAUUGACCUGGUUGGGGCCAACCGACUCCAGUUUGCUCUAUAUCAAUGGGACCAAUGCCAAUGUUCCCGGCGGCGUUGAGCUGUGGAUAGCUGAUUCUUCUGACUUCUCCAAUUCCCGGUACAAGGCUGCUUCUCUACCAGCCUCUUUUUCCGGGCUUAAGACUGCAGUGACCAAGUCUGGCGACAUCAAUUUCCUUGUUUAUGGCCAGUCCUACGGCAAUGGCACAGCUUAUAAUGAAGAGCUGGCCGUCACCCCUCUAAGCUCUGCUCGCAUCUACGACAGCAUCUACGUCCGGCAUUGGGACAGCUGGCUGAGCACUAACUUCAAUGUCGUCUUCUCAGGAACCCUCAAGAAGAAAGGCUCAAAGUCAGGUUCUCACUAUGCCCUCGACGGCGCGCUGAAGAACCUCGUCGCGGGUACCAAGAAUCUCGAGUCGCCAUAUCCCCCUUUCGGCGACUCGGGCGACUACGACAUCUCACCAAACGGAAGAUGGGUCGCCUUCAAGAGCAAGGCUCCUGAGCUGCCGCGCGCAAAUCACACUGCUUCGUACAUUUAUCUUGUUCCUCACGACGGUUCGAAGAAGGCCGAGGCAAUCAAUGGCCCCGAUAGCCCGGGCACGCCGAAGGACGUUAAGGGUGACUCUAGUGCCCCUGCCUUUUCUCCCGAUAGCAAGAAGCUUGCGUAUUUCCAGAUGACGGAUAUCUCGUAUGAAGCGGACCGACGCACCUUAUAUGUUUAUACCCUUGGGUCGGAAAAGACGAUUGCGACUUUGGCUAAAGAUUGGGAUCGUUCCCCUGAUGCCGUGAAGUGGAAUGCUAAGGGCAACAGCCUCAUCUUAGGCACUGAGGAUCAUGGCCGCGAGAAGCUCUUCACUCUCCCGGCUGAUGCGGGUGAUGACUACAAGCCCAAGAAUUUCACCGAUGGUGGUUCUGUCAAGGGAUUUUAUAACCUGCCCGGUGGAAAGGUUCUUGUCACUGGAUCUGCUAUCUGGACGAGUUGGACGGUGUAUACGGCUAGUCCAGAGAAGGGUGUUAUUGAUACUCUCUUCUCCGCGAAUGAAGUGGACCCUGGUCUAAAGGGCAUUGGCCCCGAUGAUUUCGAUGAGUUUACUUAUAAAGGAAACUGGACUGACAUCCACUCUUGGAUCAUUUAUCCGACCGGCUUUGAUAAGUCCAAGACUUACCCGCUGCUAUUCUAUAUCCACGGUGGACCUCAGAGCGCGUGGACGGAUUCCUGGAGUAGCCGAUGGAACUACAAGGUGUGGGCCGACCAGGGUUAUGUGGUCGUUGCCCCGAACCCAACCGGCAGCACUGGAUAUGGUGAAAAACUGACCGAUGCGAUUCAGAACAACUGGGGAAGCUACCCCUAUGACGAUUUCGUCAAGGGCUGGGAAUAUGUGCGUGAUAACUUUGACUUCAUUGAUACCGAUAAUGGCGUGGCUGCUGGAGCCAGUUACGGUGGCUUCAUGGUCAACUGGAUUCAGGGUAACCCAUUGGGUCGGGAGUUUAAGGCACUCGUCAGCCACGACGGUACCUUUGUGGCCGAUUCAAAGGUCGCCACUGAGGAGCUGUGGUUUAUUGAGCAUGACUUCAAUGGCACAUUCUGGGCCAAUCGGGAUAACUAUCGUCGUUGGGAUCCAUCUGCCCCGGAGCACAUCCUGCAAUUCGAUACCCCAAUGCUGCUUGUUCACAGCUCCAAGGACUACCGUCUUCCUGUCUCGGAUGGGCUCGCUCUUUUCAACAUCCUUCAGGAACGAGGUGUUCCGAGCCGCUUGUUGAACUUCCCGGAUGAGAACCACUGGGUUCUCAAACAGGAGAAUAGUUUAGUGUGGCACCAACAGGUUCUUGGCUGGAUCAACCAUUAUUCUGGCGUUGGGGCGAAGAAUCCUGAUGCUGUGAGUCUGGACGACACGACAGUGCCGGUUGUAGAUUUCAACCCCUAA